GCAGCCAGAAAAUGGCGGAUAUUGAGGAGUUACGGGUAGGGGGAAGUGUGAUGAUAGCUGGCUACUUCUUUGCGUCUUUAACAUCCUGAAUUUAUUUUACAGUAACAUUACCAGUUUUGUUAUGGUACAUUUUCGACCGAUUCGGUGCCCCUUGUUUAGUUUAAUAAUGAUUAAAGAUGAAAUGUCCCAUCACUCUUUUAGACUGAUAGUUGUUAGCCUGCUAGCUACCAACAAACGUUAGCUCCUCUUUUAGCUCUGAAGCAGCAACACAAAUAUUGAAGAUUGGCUUCGACAUGUCACCGAGACUGCUCUUAUAUUCCUCUUUCAAUGCAUGAAAAUGCUUUAUUGUAAUACCUAACUGAGCUUGACAACUGCUCGCAGCAGAAUAUGGUAUCAAGUUUCCGUGUGUCAGAGCUCCAGGAACUGUUAGGUUUUGCUGAAAGGAAUAAGAGCGCUCGCAAGCAUGAACUUUUGCUGAGGGCUUUGCAUUUACUGAGGAGUGGUUGUAGUCCUGCCGUGCAGAUCAAAAUAAAGGAACUUUAUCGUCGGAGAUACCCCAGGACAUUUGAUGGUCUUGCAGACUUGGCAGCUCUUAAUUCGAGCAUAAAAUCCUAUUUUCAAGCAGACGACGGCGCCACGGUUGUAGGCUCUGAUCUUACUUCUCACACAGCCCAUUCGGACCGGGUGAGCUGUGAUUCAUCCCUCUUUCAUGAAUCAAAGCCCAUGAUGAAUAUGCAGCAGCCCACGUCACUUAUGGCACCUGUCCAUCCAGACGUACAGAUGAAGUCCCUUCCGUUUUAUGAUGUACUGGAUGUCUUGAUUAAACCUUCAAGUUUAGGGGCCUGUGCUACUCAAAGGUUUUAUCAGGAGAAAUACUUUAUAUUUGCUCUGACUCCACAGCAAGUGAGAGAAGUUUGCAUUUCUCGGGACUUUCUCCCAGGUGGCAGAAGAGACUACAUGGUUCAAAUCCAACUACGGUUUUGCCUGUCAGAGACCAGCUGUCCACAAGAGGACAACUUCCCGAACAGCCUGUGCAUCAAAGUCAAUGGAAAAUUGUUUCCUCUGCCUGGCUUUGCACCUCCCCCUAAAAAUGGUGUGGAGCAAAAAAGACCAGGCAGACCCCUAAACAUCACAUCGCUGGUCAGGUUAUCAUCCGCUGUACCCAAUCAAAUAUCCGUCACGUGGGCACCUGAUAUAGGAAAGACGUACUCUAUGUCGGUUUACUUGGUGCGACAGCUGACCUCGCCACUGUUACUGCAGCGAUUGAAAAUGAAGGGCAUCAGGAACCCUGACCACUCUAGAGCUUUAAUUAAAGAAAAGCUUACUGCGGACCCUGACAGUGAAGUUGCUACAACCAGUUUACGAGUCUCACUUAUGUGCCCACUUGGCAAGAUGCGCCUAACAGUGCCCUGUCGAGCUGUCACCUGUUCGCACCUGCAGUGCUUUGACGCUGCUCUAUACUUGCAAAUGAAUGAGAAGAAGCCCACCUGGAUCUGUCCUGUCUGUGACAAGAAGGCCACAUACGAGAGUUUGAUUAUAGAUGGGCUCUUUAUGGAAAUACUCAACGACUGCACAGAUGUUGAUGAAAUCAAGUUUCAAGAGGAUGGAACUUGGUGUCCUAUGAGACCAAAGAAGGAGGCAUUGAAUGUGUCAUCUCCAUGUAUCCCAAAAAUCGAUUGCGCUGUCUCAGUGCGACAGAGUGCAAUGGUGCCGAGCAGUACAAAAAAAGCAGACAUUAUCGACCUGACACUAGAGAGCUCGUCUGAUGAUGACGAGAGUGAUCCUCCUUUAAAAAAGCGUUGUGUCUAUAUGUCCAAAGCUGAGGAGAUGCACAACACAGGGGUUUUGACUUAUCAGCCAUCAACUGUUCGUGUGCCAAAUGUCCAGAAACUGGACACCUCAUACCUGACCUCCUCAAUAGCAGAUUACUCGGUUCCAUUCCACCAUUCAACCUUAUCCACUAUUCCCACAGAUAUGCAAAGUCUUGAUUUAUUUUCUCUGAUUCAAGGGGACCCCCAGCAUUACCGGCCUCCCAUAUUUUUAGACAGCCUUUCCAGCAGCCUUCAGGGUGCCAGCACCAGCCUGGUUUCCUCUUCACCUCAGUAUGAGACGGCGACUCAUAGCAGCAGCUCUAGUCACGAGAUGGGGGUCAUCACCGGAGGAUCUUCAGGCCUUUCAGACAUUAUAUCCUUAGACUGAAUCUUUGGGGUUCAUUUUUAUUGACCAGAAUUAACCCAAUCACCAAACAAACCACCCUUUGAAUCAAGUAAACUGAGCUGCAUUUUUAUAUUGGACUCAGAAUUGCUUAGACAAGGACCUAGAAAAGGACUGCAGUGAAAAUCUCUGAGGAAUAUGACUGGAUCAGCAGUGAUGCUUUUUUUAAUUCAGCCCUGACACAAGCCGUUUUUCACAAGCCAAAAGCUAUCUCACAAUAAAGACUCACAUUAAUUAGCUUUGUGAUUGGAGGAAUAGAGCAAAGCAAACAGGGAGUAAAUGAGCAGAUGGAAAUGUUGGGCACCCAGCGACAGCUCUGUUGUGCGUGUUGUGUCUGCAGAAACAAAUGCAGAUUUUCAGCGGCAGCUCAUUUUAUGUUGUCCUAUUCUAUUUCAACAGUGCAAUUAUUUUUUGUUAAAAUUUCAAACUUCGUUUGCAGCAAUAAAUCCUGUUGUAUAGUA